AUCAUCCUGCCCACCCUGAUGUCAAAGCAAGAGGCCAGGUGGAAGGCUGCUAUUACAGCCCACACCCCAGGAGCAGCUGUGGUCCAUCCACGAAGCUACAGUAGCAACAAGAAAUUGGGUCAACAUUUACACCGGACGUCCCUGUAAAGAGCUGCCUGCCGGCUGCCCUUCCCCAGCUGCCGGAUGCCCUCCAGGCCGGGUGGAGCGGAGAGCCGACCCUGCUGGUCAUGCCGAACCCAUCUGAUGGCUGUCCCAUGAGGUCAAGACUGGGUCUCCUCCCUUCUCCCACGUUACCAAUGCCUGGUCUCAUGGGGUUAGUUUCGAACCUAACACUAUGGCCUCAUCCACCCCCCUCCCGGCUUCUGGCUCCAGGUCUAAGAAGCCUUUGGCCAAGAUGGCUGGUUGGCUCAGGCAGGCGCUGUCCAAGAAGCCCAAGGAGAUGCCUGUGUCCCAGGAAACCACCUCCAGUGAUGCUCCACCACGGUGCUCGGAUGACCCCCCAUCCCCGGACCUCAGCUCCACUGCAUCGGCCGAGUCUCCCGCUGCCCUGCCACCUGCACUGGAGAGCACCUCCUGCAGCAGCAGUGGUGGGGGCGCGGCCAGCAGCAGCAGUGAUGGGGGCGCCGCCAGCAGCAGCAGCGGCCGCUGGAGCAGGGACUACGACGUAUGCGUGUGCCACAGCGAGGAGGACCUGGCGGCUGUGCAGGAGUUGGUGGCCUACCUGGAGGACAGCCCUGCCAGCCUGCGCUGCUUCCUGCAGCUGCGGGACUCCGCCCCGGGCGCCCUGCUCGUCGCCGGCCUGGCCAGGGCCGCCUACCCGGCCGAGCUCCGCUUCAUGUACUUCGUGGACGGCCGGGGACCCGACCAAGGCUUCCGCCAAGUCAAGGAGGCCAUCCUGCGCUAUCUGCAGCACCUCAGCUGACACUCUGCCAUCACCGAGGGACCCAGGACGCUGGCACAAGCUGGAAAUCAAGCGAGAGAGCGCGCAGGGCCUGGACCCCGUGGCCUGACAGGGCCCAAGGAGCCACAGUUGGUAGCGUUUUGUAUGUGAUGCCGGGAUCAGAUUGCCCAGAGGGCUUCCAUUAUUGUGGGCUCCCCAAGAAGGCCCUGGAGAAGCUGGGGACUCCCCUGGAAGGCGCUGGGGAAGCUGGGGACUCCCCCAGGAAGGCCAUGAGGAAGCUGGGGACUCCCCAGGAAGGCCAGGGGGAAGCCAGAAAGGGUUUGUAGGAGGUGCUGAUACCAAGAUGACCACCCGUGUUUUGCCUCCUCCUUAUGGGACGUGAGUCUGGCACAUCCCUAUGUCUUCUUCCCCUGGGAUCGGGCUCUGGUGUAGAGAUGCCUUCCUCCUGAACAGGUGGCUCACCUGGUGAAUCAGCUAGAAGCCCAGGGGGCAUGUUUGUUUAUUCCUGUUGCCGGGGAAACCCUGGGACAGAUGUCAGCAGGAAGGCACAGGUGUUGGGUUUCUCACCCUCACACUGCUGCCUUCUCUUCCCCUUUACUCACUUUAGAAAGCUACAUGGACCUGCACUCAGCACCGUGCUGUAUGUAUUUUACUGCGUGCAGGUCAUGAAAGACUCAACUCUAGAAACCAUUCUGAAUUAGACUAUUGAGGGCAGGGGGCGAGCUGGGGUGGGGGGGUGGUAAAGAGAAGGAAAGCUCAGACCUUUGAUGUGAGAUCAAAAGCCCGCCCGCCCAAGCUUUGACAUGUGGGGCCGCAUUAGGGGUCUGGCUGGAGCCCAUGCUUUGCAGUAACUUCUUCACCUCUGCACCGAGAGAAACCAGCAUUUUUCUCCUGCCAGAGGACUGUGUGCCCUUGUAGGACAGGCAAGGUUCCUUCAUCAGUUCUCAGUAAAAGUUGAUUGUUGAACCGAAAUCAAUCUCAUUCCCCCAAUGUGUGCUAUUGUGCCUCUUCCUUCACUUCCCCCUCCUUUUACUGAAAAAUAUUUAUACAUAUAUUAUAUAUAUUUGUAAUUGAGAUACAAUUGGCAUAUUACAUUAUGUUUCAGGUGUAUGAGUCGAUAUUUGUAUAUAUUGUGAAAAUUUUUUAUAUUGUUAACUAUGAAUUAUUUUAUUACACACAAAAGGGCUAAAGCAUACUGUCGUGUACACUCACGUACCUUCCACCCAGCUGAAGAAGUAAAACGUUACCACCCCUAGGGUAUUCCCUCUGUGCCCAAAUUUUCGUCCAAAUUAGUUGUGUCAAGUUAUGUCCUUACCACUUGUGUAUGAGUUCCCACUGUUUGAUGUUCAUGCUAACACUUAGAAUGAUCAGAUUUGAAAAUGUUUGCUAAUCUGAUGGGUGAAACCUGGUAUCCUAUUAUCAUAAUAUUCUUGUUUUCCUUCUUAUCUUUUUUAUGAAGAUUUGGUGAAUCCCCAUAUGUCCAAUGCCCAGCUUCAACAAUUACCAACCCAGAGCUAAGCUUAUAUCAACACUAGAGGCCCGGUGCACAAAAUUUGUGCACUGGGUUGGGGGGGGGGUGUCCCCUCAGCCCAGCCUGCCCCCUCUCACAGACUGGGAGCCCUCAGGGGAUGUCCUACUGACGGCUUAGGCCCACUCCUUACUAUGGUUUUUAAUAACCUUGAUAACUUAUAGGUCAGUCCUUUCUACUCUGCUUUUUCAUCAAAACCACUUUGAUUUAUUCCUUUCUUCUUUUAUAGAAAUUAUUUAUUUUGUCAAGUUUUAGGAAAAUGCCUGGUUUUUGUUUGUUUUGUUUCUCUACUGGGCUGACAUAGAGUUGAGAGAUUCAUUUUGGAAGAAUAGAUUUUUUUAUGAUAUGUGUCCCUUUUUUGAUGCUUUAAAUGUAUUUCAAUAAAGCUUUAUAAUCAUUCUCCAUGUCA